AUGUGGAGGCUAGAGAUAGAGAACCUGGCGACUGCUGUAAAUCGAUUGCAGGAAGAGAAGCUAAAAACCCUAGACGAAAAGGGUAUUUAUAUUGGGGAUUAUGGCUGGGGUGUUACAGAAUGUAUAAAAACAAAGGUGAUGCCCAAGUAUGCGAAAACUAGAGAAAUCAAACUUGUAAGCCACAUAAUGAAAUUGUUGGAAAGAGUGAUAGAAAGGAGAAUCAGACAAGAGACGGUGAUCAAAGAGAACCAAUUCGGUUUCAUGCCAGGAAGGCCAACUAUUGAGGCUAUUCAUGUUUUGAAGAGACUGAUAGAAAAAUAUAGGGAGCGAAAGAAGGAUUUAAAUAUGGUGUUCAUCGACUUGGAGAAAGCUUAUGAUAGCCUACCACGACACAUCAUUUGGGUUAGUCUCAAGGCUCGAGGUAUUUCAUUAAGGUAUAUUGAGGCUAUAGGGGAUAUGUAUGAUAGAGUUUCGAUUAACAUUCAGACACCUGUGGGGACAACAAAGUCUUCUCCAAUUAAAGAGACAGCAUUGUGCUGCAUGUUAUUCGCUGAUGAUAUUGUGUUGGUAGCAGAAACUAAAGACAAAGUUAAAAAUAAAUUGGAAGAGUGGAGGGAAGUUUUAGAAAGUAAAGGGUUGCACAUAAGUCGUACAAAGAUUGAAUAUUUGAGAUGUGACUUUAGUUGGACAUCAUCGAUUGGGGAGUCAGAUGUGGCCAUUGGUGAAGAAGUUAUUAAAAGUACGACUAAGUACAGGUAUUUGGGGUCGACUACUCAAAGUGAUAGAGAUAUUGACCGAGAUGUUACUCAUCAAAUACAAGCCUGCUUUGUUGUAUGUGUUAGAAUGUUGGCCGAAUUCCCUUUGAGGGAUUAUAAGUCCUGGAAAGGACACCGUGGAGUAAAUAGGAAGUGUAAAUAG